AUUAACCAUACUUGGUGUUUUCGCUUGGUUAUUAUCUCUGUCAGGUUGAUUCUGGCAUUUUGUAGAUGCAGAAAGCCAAGCCAGUGUGCAAACUGAGGGCCCUUUUCCCUCAAUCAAACUUGGAUUAAGAUACUGAUGUUUUGCAUAUGCAGUUUCCAGUUUGCUUCAGUUAUUUGACAUCAGCCUGUAUUUAGUUUAGGAUCAGUGCCAACAGAGGGAAUAUUUUACUCUCCUGUCUGUUAACACUUCCUCUUUCUCUCUCAGACAGUAAUUUACAUCUUAUUUCAUUUCCCAUUACCCUGCUCACUUUCAGCAUGUUUAACUCAUUUGCUUUUUUCCUACCAUCAUAUCACCUGUGUUCUCUAUUCAUUUCAGAAGUAUAAAUAAUAUUAUUUAAGAGACCCAGCAACAUGCAAAGGAUUAAGUGGGGGAUACUUUGGUGGCUGGUGUCUUGUGUGUCUCAUGACAUGGUCUCUGUAAACUGUGCAUCAGAAACGUCUAUCUGUGGAAAAUCUAGUUCUUUUUGUGAUCCACAUAAAAACAUUACCAUGACUGAAUUCUGUUUGAUGAAUAUAUGCAACUUUUCAAGGGGCCCUGAGGACACCAUCAAGUCCUUAAUAAACAUGGAAGAGGUUCUUAAGAACACAGAGUUAAAUGGAAACACAUUGAUUGCAAAUCCUUUCUGCAAUUUAGUGGUCCUCGUGAUCCAGCCAGAGGCCAGUGAACGCAUUGAAAUAUAUGCCAAUGACACAAAGGCGGACGUGGUUUCUCUCCCCAGCAGCACAGUGAGUGUUCAACUACCAGCAGAACUGGGUGCUGGACCAAACAACAAGAUUGUGUUUUCCAUGUUUACAUUUCCUGAAACUAACAGGAAAAUGUCUGGAGUGGCACGUGACCUAUAUAAUCUAAAACUAGUUGGCCUGUUGGUACAAAAUAAACCUAUAUCAGGACUAAGUGAACGUGUCAACAUAACCAUGCAGGUUACCAAAAAUAUAAAUGAAAACCAGAAUCUCUCCUGUCAAUUCUUAAAUUUGUCAACAGGAAGUUAUAGUGAGGAUGGCUGUGAAACACUUUGGACACGUAACCAGAGUAAUGUCACCUGUUCCUGUAACCAUCUCACGUACUUUGGUGUACUCCUGGUUUCUCCACAUGUGUCAGAAAAGGACACAAUAAUAUUGACGUAUAUUUCUCAAAUUGGUUGUAGUGUCUCUCUUUUUGCCCUUUCCAUUGCAGUUUUGCUGUUCAUCACAAAUAGAACACUCAGACUAGAUGUUUCUAUGAAGGUCCACAUCAAUCUUGCAAUUUCUCUCAUCAUCCUCAACCUGCACUUCCUGCUAAGUUCCACAGUGGCAGCAGUGCCCCCCACUGGGGUCUGUUUAUACAUGGCUCUUGUCCUUCACUACUCCCUGCUGACCACUUUUAGCUGGAUGGCUGUGGAAGGAUUCCACCUCUACCUUCUCUUAGUCAAAGUCUUCAACAUCUAUAUCAAGAGAUACCUGCUCAAACUCAGUGUGGUGGGGUGGGGAGUUCCUGCGAUCAUUGUGUCAGUGGUGGUGAUCAUAGACAGAGGUUUUUAUGGUCCUGCUGUUGUGGACAACUAUAACUCCAACAGCACUGUAAUAUGUUAUAUAACUGAUAACACGGUGAAGGUGGUGACUACAGUUGUGCUGUUCGGCUUGGUGUUCCUCUUUAACAUGAUCCUAUUUGUGACAACUCUCUGGCAUAUUUUGAUUCUCCGCCGUGUCAAAGAGUUUGGACAGCGCAACCGUGACCAUGCCAAGAAAGAUAUUUGUACCCUGCUGGGAGUCAUCACUCUGCUCGGCAUUACCUGGGGCCUGGUCUUCUUCUCUUUUGGCCAUCUGACCACUCCUGGCCUCUACCUCUUCUGCAUCCUGAACUCAUUGCAAGGUUUCUUUAUAUUCCUGUGGUUUGCGAUGUCACUGAGAAAGACUAAAAAUCCCCGUGCCAUGGCAACCAGUGAAAUGGCUACAACAAGCAAGUAGUUUGAACAACUACCAACUCAUCAAGAAGCUCCCAUGUUUGUGUAGUUUAUAGGUAAUACUGUAAGAUGUUCCUACUAACAUGUGCUUUCAUUAUUAAUAAUAUGUCAUGAAAAGAAGUGUAGCAAAUCCAAAUGCAGACUCCAGAAGCAGACUUAAUGAAACAAAAAACAAGCCUUAUGUGGCUGAUUUAAAGCCAAAAGAAUGAAUCAAAACACUCAGGUCAACAAUGAACAUCAUGCUGUUGUAAGAAAGUUGUAAAGUUUUUUGCCAUGCAGGACGAAUAUAAGCUUACAUAAGUGAUAUUAAUCAAGGUUCUAUAUAAUGUGAUUUACAUUUGUAAUACUGUUAAUAGGCUACAUGUAUAAAUAUACAUCAGUGUAGAGUUUCUUUUCUCAGCUGUCACAAAUUGGAAUUUUCAGGAAUUUAUUUUACACUAACUGAUUCCAUAUGUUCCUUAGUAAUGAAGUGAUGAUUUUUACUGGUUGUUCUCAUUCAUACGACUUGCACGAAUUACCACAACAAGAGCAUUCUGGAGUAAACCAAUAUAUCCCAUAUGGAAAAGAAAUAGUAAAAACUUAUAUGAUUUACUCAUGAAAGUGGCAACUUUCUCAUUACUUUCAUAUAUUGUUUUAGUAAGUAUCCAAAACAUACAAGUUUCAUUAUAUGAUUUUUCAAGGGAUCUUAUAUCUGUUUUCACUCUUGUAUGCUUUUCAUACAAGUUUCACACAAGACAGAUACAAACUUUAUAAGAUUUAUAUAUAUCUUUUCCAAGGAGUCUAGAAUAAGUGUCGCCAGAUGUAUCAAUUUUCUUCUCCUAAUUAUUAUUAUAAACCUUUCCUUGAUAUGAUGACGUUUUCCACUGAGGUCAAAAAAAAUACACCUUCUGCAUUGCCUACUGAUGUGAUUUGGCUUUGGAAAGUACCUCACCUGGUGCUGGUUUAGUCCUUUGUAGUGUCCUUUGUACAUCUGAACGAGCAUUGUUAAUUCACUAAAUGCUGUGACAUUAAU